CUUGGUAGCUUGAAAUCGCCGCGUCCGUAUCCACCAGACGCGAAAGGGAGUCUAGGAUCGCAUUGCAUUGAUACUUUUCCACAAUUACGAAGGUGACAUAACAGCUCGGCCCUUCUCACGCUUGCCCCAGAAGCCUUGAGUAGACCAAAAACACCUACCAAAGUCAUCGACAACAAAGACAUCGUAUCCGAUAUCAAACUUUUCAGUAUACGACACCAUGGCUAUCAAAGAGAUUCAGCCCAAUGUCGCCGAGUUCAAGGACCAGUAUCACUCGCAACAGACGCCGGUCCGCAUCAUCCAUGUCGGCGCAGGAGCAGCUGGACUUCUUACUGCCUUCAAGGCACAGAAAACGUUGCGGAACUUCUCGCUUGUAUGCUACGAGAAGAAUGCCGGCAUAGGCGGUACUUGGUAUGAGAACCGCUACCCUGGUUGCGGCUGCGACGUGCCCGCGCAUUCCUACACCUUCUCCUUCGAGCCCAACCCAGACUGGUCAGGCUUCUACGUUCCAGCACCGGAGAUCCUUGCCUACAUGGAAGCCUUCGCGGACAAGUACGGCCUGCGACAAUUCAUCCAGCUGGAUACGACCGUAUUGGGCGCCGAGUGGGACGACGCCACCGGAGAAUGGGUGGUCGAGCUGAAACGCCGGGAUGGCACCCAGUUUACGGAUCGAUGCAACGUUCUCAUCAACGGCUCUGGUCCUCUGAACAAGUGGAAAAUGCCGGAUAUUCCUGGACUAGAGACCUACAAGGGACAAAUCUGCCACUCGUCCAACUGGGAUCCGGCAUUCGACUGGAAAGACAAGCGUGUAGCAGUCAUUGGUUCUGGAGCCAGUGGCGUACAGGUGACGCCGCAACUCGCCAACGGCUCCAAGUCCCUCACCUUGUUUGCUCGUUCGAUCCAGUGGCUCACGCCGCCCUUGGGACUGCAAGACAUACCCGUGCCGGGCGUGGAGGCCGACAAGACCCAGACCCCCGGUCCGCUGGGCAAGCAUCUGUAUACCGAUGCGGAGCGGGCGGCGCUCAAGGGGGACCCCGCUGGGCUGCUCGAGUACAGGAAGAAGGUGGACCAAGAACUGCAGCGCUGGUUCGGCGUCUUCCUGCGCGACAGCGUCGUGUCCAAGGCGGCCACGGAGGCCAUGGCCGAGGGCAUCCGGGCACGUUUUGGACCCGAGCGCCGCGAGCUGGCGGACUCCUUCAUCCCCGAGUUUGGGCCUGGCUGUCGUCGCAACACGCCCGCCGAGGGCUUUAUUGAGGCCCUCCUCCGUGAUAAUGUUACGACUGUCCGCGACCCUAUUGCACGGUUCACAGAAUCUGGCCUGACGACGAAUGAUGGACAUGAAUACGAAUUUGACAUGAUCAUAUGCUGUACCGGUUUUGAUGUUGCGUACACACCCCACUUCCCGGUCGAGGGUCUAGGGGGAGUCAAAAUGCAACAAGCAUGGGCCGAGAAGCCGCGCGUGUAUUUGACUGUGGCCACCCCGAGUUUCCCCAACUUCUUCCACGUUGGCGGGCCGACAGGAAACUGGGGUUCUGGCUGCGUGUUGGCAUCUCACGAGGUACAGGUCGAUUACGCCAUCCAGGCCUGCCUCAAGAUCUCAGCCGAGCGCCUCCACUCGGUUACCCCCAAGCCCGGGCCGACGGACGCGUACAUGGCUUACAACGCGGCAUGGCACCGGGCGUUCAGCCACUGGGCGGACGAGUGCCGGUCGUGGUAUAAGAACGGCGGGCGGCCGGACGGCGAGGUGAUGCUCUGGUGCGGCAGCAUGCUCCACAUGAUGAAGACCCUCCAGGCGCCGCGCUGGGAGGACUAUGAGAUACGGUACCGCGAGGCCAACAUGUGGGCCUUCCUCGGCGGCUGGGGCCGGACUGAGCUCGAGGUCAAGGCGGAGGCUGGGGCCGCGGUCGAUCUCAGCCCGUUUGUGAGGCAGGGUGACGAGCCGUACCUGAUUGAGUGAGGUUCAACAUCGGCAAUCGCUUCAUAUAGAUGUAGCUAUCUUCCGCUACCAGUGUCUAUAUCAAUUGAACGUGUUUGGAAUUA